AUGGCCUCCAAGGGCCACGUGUCCCCAAAGCAGCCGGACAGCAGGGGCAAGAAAGCAAAGGGGGAAGAGGAUGAUGAUGCCUGAAGCUCCACCUUGGCAGCCCUGAAAACUGCCCCCAGCAAGCCCCCUGCCAACAUCGAUGGGCUGUGCCCCCUGAGAAUGGCACUGGGCACCCGGAUCUACGAGGACUAUGACUGCACCUUGAACCAGACCAACAUCAGUGCCAACAACAACAAGUUCUACAUCAUCCACCUCCCUGAGCAUGAUGGCGCCUACAGCAUCUGGAGCCGCUGGGGCCGUGGGGAGGUGGGCCAGUCUAACCUCAUGCCCUCUGCCUCGCUGGAGACCGCCAAGAAGGACUUUGAGAAGAAGUUUCGGGAGAAGACCAAGAACAGCUGGGCAGCAAGGGAGAACUUCGUGGCCCAGCCAGGGAAGCACACGCUCAUCGAGGUGCAGCCAGGGGCUGGGCAGGAGGCGGAGGUGGCCCUUGGGGUGGAUGGUGUGGAUGGGGACAAGGUCUGCAAGCAGCGAGUGCUGCCCUGCACCUUGGACAAAGUCACCCAGGACCUGGUGUCCCUCAUCUUCAGCAGCGACAUGUUCCAGGAUGCCAUGCAGACCAUGAAUAUUGGUAGCAGGGCCCAGCAGCAGAUUGCAGGGGGCUUCAAGGCGCUGGAGGAGCUGGAGGCAGCACUGCAGAAGCAGCCCCCUCAGGCCACCCACCUGGAGGACCUCUCCUCCAGCUUCUACACCAUCAUCCCCCAUAACUUCAGGCGGGCACGGCCAGCCCCCAUCAACUCCCCUGACCUGCUGUGUGCCAAGAAGGACAUGCUGCUGGUGCUGGCCGACAUCGAGGUGACACAAAGCCUGCAGGCACAGAAGGUGAAGGAGGAGGAGGAGGAGGAGGAGGAGGAAGUCGCCCAUCCGCUGGACCAGGAUUACGCCCUGCUCUGCUGCCAGCUCUCCCUGCUGGACCCAGCUUCCCGGGAAUACCAGAUGCUGCUUCUCACCCAAAACUACAUGACAGACCAGGCGCAAACUCCACGUCCUCUGCCUCUCUGGCAGGUGGCCCGAGAUGGCGAGGACAUGCUUUUCAAAGGCCACGACCUCCUGGAGCAUCGGCGCCUGCUCUGGCACGGCACCACGGUGGCGGUGGUGGCAGCCAUCCUGAAGAGCGGGCUGCGCAUCACGCCCCAGGCCGGCGGGCGCCUGGGUAAGGGCAUCUACUUCACCUCUGAGAACAGCAAGUCAGCCUGCUACAGUGACGGUCCUGCGACGGGCAGGGCUGCUUGGGAUGCCUGCAGGGUCUACGCAAGCCCGGCUGCCUUCGCAGACCCGCUGGCAGGCAGCGGUGGGCAUGCCAAGCCCCUUCCCUGCUGUGGCAGGCAAGCAGAAGACACUGGUGGCCAUGGCUGCGGCGGGGUUUCCCUGUAA